AUGUCAACCAAUGGGAGUGCAGAGAUUAGCAUGUCAGAAGUCAAUGUCACCAACAUCACCUGCAGUCAGAUUGAGCUGUCCAUUACCUCCUCCGCCAUCUCCAUGACUGUGGGUAUCUUCUCCAAUACCCUGGCACUGGUCAUCCUGGUCAAAGCCUACCACCGUUUCCGCCUAAAGUCCAAGACAUCCUUCCUGUUGUUUGCUAGUGGCCUGGUGGUCACAGAUAUCCUAGGCCAUCUCAUUAAUGGCUCCCUGGUUCUCUAUGUCUACAGCUCCCACAAGAGGUGGGAAACAUUUGACCAACACCACAUCCUAUGCAGCCUUUUUGGGGCAAGUAUGGUGUUCUUUGGCUUAAGUCCCCUCCUCUUUGGCAGUGUCAUGGCGGUGGAUCGCUGUCUCGGAGUUACCAGGCCUCUGUUUCACUCCACAGCCCUGGUGGCCCAUGACAUGAAGAGGCUACUUGUGUUCACUUGGCUCCUGGCUGCCUUUGUUGCCCUACUUCCAAUUCUGCUGUGGAGACCCUACCAGAUACAGCGCUCCCAGAGCUGGUGCUUCUUUUACGUGGAGGGUCCUCUUGAUUGGCUCGAUGUGUUGCCGCCACUGCUGUUCUCCCUGCUGGGCCUGUUCUCAUUGGUGGUGUCCAUCGUGUGCAACACACUGACAAGCUGCACCCUGUUGCAGUCCAGGCUGUGGCAGGAGCAUCACUGCAAAGUCCCUUCCCACCACUUUGAGAUGGUCUACCAGCUCUUAGCCAUCAUGCUGGUGUCCUGUGUCUGCUGGGGCCCUUUAUUGGUUAAUGUGAUCUUCUUGAGCACAGCAGCCAGGAAUGACCAAGCUUACUCUCGCCUGUUGUUGGUGGUUCGCAUGGCCACCUGGAACCAGAUCCUGGACCCCUGGGUCUACAUCCUGCUGCAGAAAGCCGUUCUAAAAAAGCUCUUCCGGUUGCUCGACAACUGUUGGGGCUCAAGAUCCUCUCCUGCCCUCCACCAAUUUAAGUGUAAAAGUUCUGAAGAAACCAGCAGCUCCUUCAUCAGUAGGCCUCAAUCCUAUUGUCUAGACAGUUUAGCACUUUCUGACACUAGGAUCAAACAUGGACCUCAUCUUAAGCCAGGGAGGCAUCUAAACUGA